GAGAAAUGGUGUGAUGCACCUUUAACAGUAGAGGUCCUAGAAACUGCAGCUAGCUUAACUAGAUUAGAGUUAAUUCGAUUGGAGGACGUCUUGUGAUGGCUCUGUAGAUGUGCCCUAAUCAGCAGGAAGACAAGGAGGAGGAGAGGGAUGAAGGCUCACAUUUUAACAUUCAUAUAUGGACAAUGGUGUGGCCUUUGUCACUGUUAUAAGCCAAGUCAGAGUGAGAGUACUCCAUACAAGGAGCCAAGAGGUCCGUUUGGAUUCGUAUUCCACAGAUCGUUUUCUUGCCCAACAUCAUGACGGAACACCAGGAGCAGAAUGAAGAGGGAGUCCUCAUCUCAACACAGGACCUGGAGACCUCAAAACACCAGGAUACUCAAGGAGGCCAUCCACAAUUCAGGUUGAUUGACGACCUAUCAUAUGAAGAUGUGAAGAAAUGCUACAGGGGUUCGACUGUCAGCAAGUACAACUCGCAGUACCACAAACUCUUCCAGUGCGUUCCGAAGGACGAGAUCCUAAUGAAAGUAUACUCCUGCGCUCUGCUCCGAGACAUCCUGCUGCAAGGACGUCUUUAUAUCUCUAGGAACUGGCUGUGUUUCUAUGCCAACCUCUUUGGCAAGGACAUCAAGGUUGCUAUCCCCGUGGUCUCUGUGAAGCUGGUAAAGAAGCACAAAACAGCAGGUCUGGUGCCCAACGGCCUAGCCAUCACCACAGAUACCAGUCAGAAGUAUGUCUUUGUGUCUCUGCUGUCCAGGGACAGUGUGUAUGAUGUGCUCCGGAGGAUCUGCACACACCUUCAGGUCAAUGGGAAGAGUCUGAGCUUGAAACACUACAUGGAGGUUCCCCAUACCUUAUCUCUGGAUGAGUUCCCGGUGGCGGAUGAGUUCCCAGGGGCGGAUGAGUAUCCUCCGGUGCUGAAGUGGAGGAGAAAACCCUCUGUGGUGUCCGUGUCCUCGUCCCUCCCUGACCUCCUGGGUAGCUCCACCGGUAGCCUGACUGCGGUGGACUCCUCCUUCCAGACAGACCAGCCUCUGGAAGACCGGGGCUUAGAGACAGAGAAGAUCCUACUAACAGAGCCUGUUCCAGAGCUGGGCCCGAUGGAAUAUCAGCUUCUCAAGUUCUUCAUCAUACUAAUCAUCCUCCUCAUCCUGUCUUCCUGUUACCUGGCCUUCCGUGUCUGCAGCCUGGAGCACCAGCUGUCCUUCCUCAACAACCCAACACGCCCCCCCCGAGAGAGGAUUUUACUUCACUGUAGACUAGAAGAGGGCAAACCCCCAACUCCACCAUUUUGUUGUAGGUCAAAGACAAUGGCAGGUGAAAGACAAUGGGCAGGCCGAUUGAAGAGCCAGAAAACUACACUCAAACCAAUUGUGGAUGGACUGAAAAGCCCGGGAUUGGUGGAAAUGGCUGGGAGUCAGGACUGGGAAGGACUCUGAUUGGUGGAGGGAUUGGUCUGAUUGUUUUGAAGAUUUCUGGACAUGUUCACCAACAUUAGAGUCAACUGUGUUUUUUCCCUCCUGUCAACUCAACCAGGAAUGAACUACAGGACUUCAGAGAAAAGUCAAAACCAGUCAUCUUUCAGAAAUAUAUAUAUAUAUAUGGUACUUUCAAGGAAAGGAUUUGGAUGCAUUAACACAGUGACAGUGGAAGAAGCCAAUAUCGUUGGCUUUACAGAAUAAAAAAAAAAUGCCUAUAUGAACUUAGGAGGAUCAGUCUACUAUUUCAAAUGGUUAUCAUCAUCAAUGAAGUCUAACUAUGUUGCCAUUCUAACAGGCAUGUUAUUUCUGGUAAACGGUGCAAUACAAUUAUGCAAAGUAUCCAGCCUAGACUGACUUUUUAAAUGUUGAAAUAUUGUCCUUUAACUCUGUGUUAUCAUGGCACCACCGGCAUAUGUUUACCAUAAUGGGUAGGAUGGUACUCUUUCAUGUCCCAAAAAUAUUGUUUAGUAUAACAUCUUGUCUUUUGUUUUAAUUUGUAUAAAUGCCAGUUGUCAGCUUUGUAUUGUAAGCUACCUUUAGCCAGACACAAUGUGUCACAGUGAGUGAUCAGUCUCCUAUCGAAAUACUGAACACAGUCGUCUGAAUGAGUAAACAAUGAAGACAUUGACUGAAGUGAAAAAUAAGAAAAGUAUGUUUUCUUUAUUACACUGUAAACUUAAAAGUUAAAUCUGCAUUUCAGUCAGGAAGAAAACUAGCCAAAGAUUUCUAGUCCUUUUACUCAGAAUGUCUGAACAGAUGCAUUAGGAACAAACACACCCUACUUUGAUUAUUACAGUAAUAUUGUUGAGGAAACAGCUGCAGUAUGUAGGGUAUACUUUACUACUGUAACCAUUAAUAUGUCUUAUCUGGUCUGUUUUGGGUCUAAACACAUCUGCAGCUAUGUAAUAGUGGUCACUGAUAUUCAGUCAAUGGUGAAAGAACAAACUGUCCCUGUAGACUCUGAGAACAGAUGAACCCUGUAGCACCCCUGAACAACCCAUUACAAGACUAACACUGUACAACAUAACUGUGAAGGUUACUAAUAAACAGCCAUUUGAUCUUGA